AAGCGCCGCCAUCAUGUCCACGGCCAUGAACUUCAGCACCAAGAGCUUCAAGGCGCGGCCGCCGGACAAGGGCGCCUUCCCGCUGGAUCACUUCGGGGAAUGCGCCGCCUUCAAGGAGCAGUUCCUGGAGUGUCUGCGCGAGAGCGGCUCCGAGAGCAGCGCGUGCCGCCCCCGCGCCAUGGCCUACCUGCAGUGCCGCAUGGAGAGGCAACUUAUGGCUAACGAACCACUGGAAAAACUGGGAUUUAAAGACCUGAUAGAUGAGAAACCAGAAGCAAAACCUGAGAAGCUAUAAUGAAGACCAAAAAACAUCUCUUUUGUGAAAAGCAUAACCAUUAUGUAGUACAUAUUGUACAUUCUGCUCAUUGAGGAAUAGGAGGUGUUUCCUGAAGAAACUGUUUCUAUUUUUUCACAAUUCUCUUCUCAAAAGUAAGAUAUUUGGAAUGAGCAAAACUGCUGAAAUUGAAGUAUUUCACACCUUUUCUUAAUUUAUCUGUGUUGGUCUUAAAGAUCAAUAAGAUUAUUUUGCGCAUAAGAAAACUGUUAGUGCUUGCAGUGCUCUUUAACAAAAUAACCCAUGUCUCUAUACGAAAAGUAAGGUUUUAUUUAAAGAAAUCUUCACAUAGAUCUCAAACUUCAGAGUAGUAGUAUUUGAAUAUUGAAGUGUGCUUGGAGCAGUUACUUGUCAGUUGGAACUAAAAGUGGUGUGGUACUUGCAAAUUGUUUUUAAUUAAAUACUAGUAGUGAUCCCAGUCUUUAGGAAGACACCCUUCUUACCCUGAUGCACUAAAUACGUGGGUGCAGUGUUUUUUUUCCCCCAAUCUCUUGACCUUCUUCAUUGCUUGGAGUUUGUUACUCAUUCUAGACACCAAUAAUAUAACGAUCCUGCUCUUAUUUACAAUGCCAGCAGUGUUUAUUUAACUUAAUUUCAUCAUUUAACUAGGAUUUUUUUCGUGGUGCAUUUUUUCAUUUCUGCAUGUAGAGCGUUUUGUCUGAGCUGCUUUAUGUUCUUUCCAGUGGUAAAAUUGGGGUCAAAAGAGAACAGUAUUUAUUUGUGUACUGAAUAAAUUGUAGAUAUAAAUGGAUCCUGCACCACAAAAGACAAUCUUCUUCUUCUAAAAGACAAAUAUAUUGCAUUAAAAGAAAAACCAGGGUAGACCAGAAGUUAGACAGCUGGGAAAUAUUUAAUUCCAGAAGAUACCAGGUGGGGCCCUUGUUUUAUCGAAGUAGUGCAGUGAUGUGCAGCAGGUUUCCACUCAAGUCUGGGUGUGUCUUUAAGAUCUGUGAGGAGUCUUUAUAAAUUUUACUGUGAAUGAGCAGAGGCAGCAGUGUUCCCUUCCCAUGCAAAUGAAGCUUUUCUUUUGCCUGAACUUGGUAUUAAUUAUUUUACCUAUUAGAUAGCCCUUUGUAAAUAGAUUUUCAACAGGCAAUCUGAAGAUCUACUUGGAGUCCUCUAAUUAGUGUUCUCUCUUUAACAGUGCUGUUUGCUGCUGCUUUAUUUGCUCCUUUCCCAUAUGAAUCUCUCUGUUCAUAGAGAGAUUGAGGAGUUGGGUAUAAGAGUUUUCCACUUCAUGGUGAUGGGUAAAAUUGGGACUUGAAUUAUUGCUCAGGUCUAAUCUGAUUGAAUAGACUGCAGAUAGUUCUGAGCAAAUUUCUGUUUGAAAAGAGUGUUCACUUGCCACUGCAUAUUUUUAUUCUACUUCAUUUUACUGUUUAAAUUAAAUCCUUGGGCGAGAUUAAUACAUUUAUAGAAAACA